GGGGCGUGUCCUCGGGGGUAUAUAGCCAGCCGGAGGGGCAGGGGGCUGCACUCUGCCGCCGCCGCCCCUCUCUCCAGCAGCUUCUAUGCAAUCCUCGGCUACCGCCGCUCCCCCCUGCGUUGAGCCCGCGCCGGCCUCCCAGACUAGGAUGGAAGAGGAACUGGCAGCUCCUUCCACAUCCACAGACAAGACAGACAGUAUGGAUGUGGACGGAGAAUCAAAGAAACUAUUGGGUUUGGGACAGAAACACUUGGUAAUGGGAAAUAUUCCAGCUGCUGUGAAUGCAUUCCAGGAAGCUGCAAGCUUACUGGGUAAAAAAUAUGGUGAGACGGCGGAUGAGUGUGCAGAAGCUUUUUUUUAUUAUGGAAAAUCUCUCCUGGAGUUGGCAAGAAUGGAAAAUGGUGUGCUGGGAAAUGCCUUAGAAGGGGUGCAGGUGGAAGAGGAAGGAGAAAAGGCAGAAGAUGACUCUGCAUUGCCAGCUACUGAUGAAGAAGCAAGGGAGGAGUUGAGAGAACAGGUUUAUAACGCCAUGGGGGAAGAGGCCAAAAAGUCCACAGAGGAGUCUACAGUACUAUCUGAGAAGGAAAUCAAAGAAGAGGAUGCUAAAAUGAAAGAGAUUACAGAAGAAAAACCCAAAGAAGCAGCUGCUGACAAGGAUGCAAAGCCCAAAGAGGUUGAAGAGAAGACUGAGAUUUCUGUGGGAAAAGAAGAAACUUCUUCAGAAGAACAGAAGAAGGAGAAGAGCUUCUGCUCUUCAGAAGAGCAGAAGAAGCAGGUGCCUGUGAAAGAGGAGGCAGCUGUGGAAGAGAAGGAGGUAGAAAAAGAGCAGAAGACUGUGCCUGCUGACAAGAUAGAGAAGGCAACUGAGGAGAAGGAGAGAACGACAGAAGUGUCAGACAAGGAGGCAAAGGCAGCUGGAGAAGAGGCUGAAGCGGGAGAAGUGGCUGUGGAAGAGAAGGGAGAGAUGGGAGAACAGUCAGCAGAAGCAACAGAAAAAGAGCCAGCUGUGGAGAAGGGAGAGGCUGUAGAAGGGCAGGCACAGACAGCUGUAGAAGAGAAGGCAGAAGCAGAGGAAGCAGCUGCUGUGGAACAGAAAGAAGCUGCAGAAGGGGAUGCAGAGGUGGCUGAACAGAAGGCAGAAGAGAAACAAGAGCCAGUAGAGACAGUUAAUGAAGAGAAACCAGGUGAAUCUAAAGAGACAGAGUCUUCAGAGGAACCUGUGCCCACAGAGGGCAAAGAGCCACCUAAUGACAUGAAAGAAAAGGCUGAAGUUGCUGCUAAGGUAGAGAAAGAGGAAAAGAAAGAUGACCUGAUGGAAGAGGGUGAAGGUGCUAAGGUAGAAAAAGAAGAGAAAGAUGACCUGAUGGAAGAGGGAGAAGAAACAGAAGAAUCUGAAGAGGAAGAUAAAGAAAAUGAUAAAGCUGAAGAUGAUAAGGAGAAUGAAUUGACAGUGGAAGACAAGGAAAGCGAGGAGGAUGAAAUUGGCAAUCUUGAGCUAGCCUGGGAUAUGCUGGAGUUAGCAAAAGUCAUUUAUAAGAGACAAGAAACAAAAGAAGCUCAGCUCCAUGCAGCUCAGGCCCAUUUGAAGUUAGGAGAAGUUAGCAUUGAAUCUGAAAACUACACGCAGGCAAUAGAGGAGUUCCAGGCCUGCCUGGCCCUGCAGCAGAAGUACCUGGAGGCUCACGACCGGCUGCUGGCCGAGAGCCACUACCAGCUCGCCCUGGCCUACCACUACAACAGCGACUUCGACGAGGCCGUGCUGCAGUUUGGGAAGUCCAUGGAGGUCAUAGACAAGAGACUGGCAAUACUGACUGAGCGGAUAAAGAAGGCAGACACUGGGUCCCCUGAGGACGAGAAGGAGAUAGAAGAACUGAAGGGACUGCUUCCUGAAAUUAAAGAGAAGAUAGAAGAUUCAAAGGAGUCACAGAAGAGUGCAAAAGUAGCUGAGCUAGGACUCAAAGCAACUCUGGUUGGAACUACAUCUGGCUUUGCACAAAGUGAAGACCGUGGUUCUGUGUCCACAAUUCCAGUAAGGAAAGGAGCUGAUGGUGCAUCUCAGUGUGUAACAGACAUAUCUCAUUUAGUCAGGAAAAAGUUGUAUAAUGGGAAAACACUCCAAAAGUAAAACCAGUAGUGUAUGAAACUGCUUUCCACUGGGAAGCAAUCAGUCUGGGAGUCAUCUGGCCUCCAGGAGACCAUUCUUGGUGGUUCAGCACCCUGCCAGACCCACACUGAUGUAAAUCUGACCCAGUUGUGUGGCUUCUGCGGGUGUUCUCUAAACAACAGAGCUUCCUCUGCUGAGGACCCUCAAGAGCAGCAGGGUUACCUGCAGAUCCCAAGAAAAAGGCAAUCAACCAGGCUGGGCUGGGUUCCUUUCUUUCCAAAAGGAAACUGGGACUUGGACUUAAUAAAUAGUCAAGGCACACUGGUGGUAACGAUAAACUGCCUCUUGAAGAUAUCAGAUAUUGAGAAUUUGGUUCCUUUAAAUAUUAUGUGUUCUCUGCUAAUAAAAACUUAAGAUCUUGUAGAUCUCA